AUGCUGACACCACCCCAACAAAUUACACGAUCCGGACCAAACGACACAAUCGCCGGAUCGAAGUAUCGCAUGGCUACAUCGAUGUGUGCAAUAUUACCACGCACAUUUGCAGUCGACCGUAACAUGCGCGCCGAGCGCCGCGCGUCGAUGACCGCAGCCGAACCAGUUAUUCAGCCAACCAGACAACGACUCGGCGCUACAUCACAUUAA